AUGCGCGGGGUGCUGUUGCGCCUGCAGAAUAGCACUGGGGGACACGCCGCAACGGCCUGGUCGAUCACGGGUAUCUUGGGCCUGGCAGCUGUGGUGUAUGGAUACCUCCAGCUUAGAGCCCAGCGAUUGAGGACCAAGAGGGAGGCAAAUGUGGAUGGGGCAGGGCUGCGGUCUGCUUCAUACCAAGAGCCCUCCGCCAAUGCGCUGGAGGACUCGGCCAGCGUGAUGCCCAGCAUGAUCCCCCUGGUGCUGGAGCUGGCACGGCGGGUGAACCUGUAUGCCCUGGCGCACGUGGCCUCUGACGUCGGCGAGGCUACCGUCCGGGGAGCCCUGGAGCAUGCGGGGCUCCUGGGCCCAAAUCACGGCCAGCUGCCCCCCCACCGCCUGCUGUUCUGUGGGACGCGGGAGGGCAAGGCCUCCAUGGUCCGGCAGCUGGAGCCGCAGCUGCACAUCGAUGCCGAUGCCGAGACGCCCCUGGCCCUGCUCACCCCCCCCCAGCGCACCGGGCCCACCCGCUCGGGUCUGCACGUGAACUACCACCUGCAGCAGGCCGCGGCGAUGCAGGCCGCCGAGGCAGCGGCCGGCAGCGGGCCCGCCACCUCCACCUCCCAGGAGGAGGGGCAGCCGACCAAGCGCCCGCCGGUGGCGGACUCGGAGCACACCCACGCCGUCGUCUCCCUGGAGCUGCUGCGCAUGCUCAACUGGCGCGCGCGCCGUGCCUUCCUCAUGGAGCGCGAGGAGCAGCGCGCCCAGCUCCACCGCGCGUCCUAUGGCUAUGGCCCUGCCCGCACCCCCCUGGCCUCGGGCCACCUGGAGCGGCUGCAGGGGGGCCACAGGGCCCCCGCCCCCGGCGAGCCCUACUCCAGCCCCGCCACGGACUUCAUCUCCCGCGUCUCGGCGCGCCUGCCCCACCCCAGCCCCGCGCCCUCCAGCCAGGCCUCCAGCCUCUCCUCCCUCCUCAGCCGCCUGCAGGAGCUGGUGGCGCUGCAGGCCGGCGAGGUCCCCCCCGCCGAGGUGGUCGCCGACCCGCACGCCCGCGUGCGAUUCGAGGCCCAGCUCGCCACGCCCUCCCCCUUCCUCCAGAUGUCGAGCGGGCGGGGCUCGGGCGGGAGCACCAGCCGGGGUCCCCCCCCGAGCGCCUUGGAGACCCUGGCCCUGCUGCUGAGCAGCCAGCAGGGGUCGGUGCAGCUGGCGGCGCGCGCUUCGCGGGACCCGCGGGGCGCCAUGCCGGAGGGCCCCCCCGCGCUGUCUGCCCUGCUGGAGGCGGUGGCGCGGCAGCAGCAGGAGGGCCCCGACCAGCCGGGGCCCUGA